AUGGGGUCUCAGACAAUAGCUCAAUUCAGCAAAGAAGUGCUUAGCCAACUGGCGCCCAGGAAGCUGCGCUCAGAUGGGCUCUCCUCCCGCAAGAAGGAGCAAGGAGAAGGCUUUUCCGAUGACAAGUCUCCAAGCUGUUUUUCCUUUCACCUAUGGGAAGCUAGAGCCGCAAUCAAUGAAGCAAGCUGGAUCCGGUCUCCACCGCAGUCAGUCGCGGGGGUGCUUCCUUCCAGCAGCCCCUGUCGCUCACUGGAGAGAAUGUGUGUGUGCGUGCGCGUGCGGCUCCCUUACACACACACGCACACACAGGCUCUAGGCAGCAGCUGCGGGCAGUCCUGCUCCUGUGGAAGGAAUCCACCCACCAGCAGAGAGAGAAGGUCGUCACCAGGACCCGAGCUCUUCCUGCAUCCUUCCAGUGCGCUGGCGUUGGAGCUGCCUCUGCGUGUGCGCCGCGGGAACGCACAGGUUCCUCACAUAUUCGUGCAUUUUUCUCCUACCUACAAGCUCCGGCGGUUCCAGGAGCCAUGGCUGCCAAGCGAUCCCAGGCUCCUGGCUGCUUUCAAUGCCUCCAAAGUCAAUGCCCCUCCUCAGCAGCUAUUGCCCCUCUGCAGAAGAGUCCUGAAAGCCGUGAAUGGCUACCGAAGGGCAGGAAACUCGGCAGCCACCCAGUCUCAUGCUAAUCAAGAAGCUGUCUAAAGUUAGAGCACCGAUCCUGUCAAGCUUCACAUUUUAAUGGAAAACACCCUAGGGCUUCGCAAGGAAAAAAAAAAACCCUUGGCUGGUGCCCCAGCCUAUAGUCAGCUCUUGUAAAUUUACAUAUUUUUAGGAUAGUCCAACCCCCUUCAAAAAGACUGGGGGCGGGAGGAAGGAGGAGAAAAAAGAUCUUCCGUCUAGAAAGGAAAUCUGCAGUUCACCUUCCCCACCUGCAGCAGAUUCUAAAAGGGUCAACUCAUCUGACAGCCGAAAAUGCCAAGUCAAAACGUCCAGCCUAUCUAGAACACGAGGUGGAUGGAAAUGGUCUCUUCUGCUAGUCCCCUCUUCUCUCUCUUGCCUCUCUCCUGGUCACCUCAGAAUGGCUUCCCAAGCCAACAAAAAACCACAGUAUGACACAGAUGGAUUUUAAAGGAUGGAUCUUUUUUCUCCCUCCAACAUGUGGUUUCCUGUAAUUUAAGGAAAUGGUAUACAUUAAC